AUGUCUGUUUAUCUCUCGGCCUUUCUGCUGGCUGGCUGGCUCGCGGCUCGACUUGGGUUGCUGGCGGGAGGGAAGAACCUGAAGUUGGAGAAGUUUGAAGUUGAAGUCGAAGAAGAAAAGAAGAAAAGAAGAAGAAGACAGUUUUUGACAGGUCACGUGGAGGCAAGAGGCAAAGAAGAUGAAGUUAACAAUGUUAUGGGUGUCAUGGAUGUUGGAGAGAUGAGAAGUGGUGAUAGAAGACAGCGAGGAGAAGAAGACAUAGGGAUAUAUAUAGAGGCUUAG